AUGGAAUCAUGGCGACAACGAGGUUAUGUCCCCGACUCGGACGAGGAAGAUGGGUUCGACUCGCUAGAAUCAAAGAAUGGGAACGUCGACAAUAGCGCUGAUGUCGGAAAUCUCGAGUAUAUCGACCCACCAUCUUCGUUGCCGAAGGAAGGGACGAGGGCAGGGGAGGAGCGACGCGAGCGGACUGGGCUUGAGAAUGGCUCAAUCACACUCUCGGAUGCCGGGGACAUGCCCGAACGAAAUAUGAAUGGGACGGAUCUUGGAAAUGGGCAAUCCUCCGAGCCCGAAGCUGGGGACAAGCCGGGUUCUGCCCGGAGGACACAACCUUUCCGAGACACCACCAAUGGCCAGAACGCUCCCUCAAAGGAGAUUGUGGAUGAUGAAACGACACCAAAGCCACGGAAAGGACGACGCAAGACUUAUGGACGUCGAUCGUCGGCUACGAAACAAAUGAAUCGCCGUAGCACCGAGCUGCAUAAUAUCAAUACCCCAGCAAAGCCUACAGACAGCAUUUAUGAUAUCCCAAUGUCAUCACAGGACCAUGACAGCCCUGUGACGAAGCGCUCGAAUCGCGAGAUUACGCCAAAGCCCUUGGAGGCUAGGGUGCAGCCACAACGACGAAUCAUACCGGAGCUACGGACACCACGGGCCGCCAGCACGCGGAGUCAAACAUCAAGCACUCGAAGCUCCUCCCCUGACGAGUUGAUGCUGAUUUCUCAACCGGUCCGGAAGAGAACUACCGUGGUUGAGCGUGUGCGGCCUGUAGAUGCUCCGCCUUUACCGCCACCACCACCGCAGGAGGUAUCAGAUGAUGAUUCGCCGUUAUCAUCUGUACCAUCAUCCCUGAGCUCUCCGUCAGCCAACCACUCAGAACCACCCGCAACAGAACCACUUGCAGCAGAACCACUUGCAGCAGAACCACUUGCAGCAGAACCACUUGCAACAGAACCACUUGCAACAGAACCACUUGCAACAGAACCACUUGCAACAGAACCACUUGCAACAGAACCACUUGCAACAGAACCACUUGCAACAGAACCACUUGCAACAGAACCACUUGCAACAGAACCGCAUGCAGAGGAUGGAAGAGAGGUAGAGCCAGGCAGACCGACAGAUGAGGAGGCAAGUAUGCGGAGAGCAAUACUCGCCGAGCUAGGUGUCAACCCAGACGAUGUAUCUCCUCACCUUAAUAUUCCGGAAGAAGUGCUGCGAGAACUACCGCAUGCCACGCAGCGAACCUUCCGUAAGCGCAAUGCCAUUCAGAUGCACCCGUACCAUCUGGAACAGCUCAAGUUCGCUCAGCAAUUGCAAGCGCGGGGCGUCAAGCCAUUUGGUCGUCCUCCAACGCAUAAAGAAAAACAGCCUGUGACAGAUGAAAGCCAAGGGCAAGAUUCAUAUGACCCUGAGGCACCAUCAAGUCCACCCCUGGAGGAGUAUCUUCCGCCGGAAAGACACGAGCGCCGCGGUCCACAAUCUGCGGAGAAAGGACGGGGAAGCAACGACCGUGAAAAUCAUCGACAAUCGCAAGCUCAUACGGCAAAGCGCCAGAAAACGUCACAUUCUGGAACUCCCAAGGCACGCCAAAAGCUACAACAGCCUUUCAAACCUCGCGGCAUUAGAGACAAAACUACAGCUAGGGGGAACCCAAUUGGGAUCUCUAUAUACGAGUUAUCAUCUAGUCCUCCACACGCAGGCCAUUCGUCUUCAGCUUCACGGACCCCUCGCGUCUCAGAAGGAGGGUUUCGGUUUCCUCGUGGGUGGUCGCCCCCGGCAGGAAUUGCGAAACCUGUGUCGCAGGAGACAGCACACACCGACGAGGCUGAAGCGCCGAGAGCUGGUGCAGAUGAUGACCGGGAAGUGCAGUCUAUCUCAUCCGACAGCCAGCGAAGUGAGGACGAAGAAAGCGAUGCCGAUUCCGAGGAGCGUGAGAUUCGACGUUUCCAGCGAAUGAUUCGGGGAGCGCUCCCUGCAUCGCAUGCCCGGCUUCUACAGAAGGAUAACCGAGAUAAAGAAAAAGCUGCACGACGAGACCGCCAGACUGCUAUGCAAAGGCCAGACGGCAAGGGUGUUGCCCGGAGGCUCAUUCGUAAGGGUGCCCGCUCAGGACCAUCAGGCACGCCACAGUCACGAGGCCUGUUUGAUCUGGGGGAUUCUGACGACGAUGACGAAGACGUUGACAACAGCACCACCAUGAAUGGCUCUAUCACCGAGGACUCUAGUCAGAGAUUGACUAGCACUCAUGCUUCCGAAGACCCCUUUGCGCUGGAAGCGGGUGAUGUCUCCGAGGACAAUCGCAUUGACUACAUGUUCGCGCCUGGUCCCCGGAAUUCGACAGGAUCUCGGCGCAAACCAAACGGUCUAAAAAGACCAAAGUCGAACUCUAGACUUCUGAAUGGAGAAAGACAGCCUAAGAGACCUCGGCAAACUCGAAUGACCGACGCGUCAUAUGGAGCACGAAGGACCAAGAAAUCUUCCAUUCCCCGGCGCCCGAGAAUAGGCAUUCUGGAUGCGCCAGACGUUGCCACGAAGGCCCGCGAAGAGCAACCUCGGUUUCUUAGGAUUGCUUCAAGACAGCCACGAUCACGCAAAGACCGAGGCAGGCAGAGUCCUACUCAGAAGUUCGUUCAGUUGGCUUCAAGAGAGGACACAGCGGAUGCAAACGAAUCUUUGCGGGAUUGGAGAAGGGGAGCUAUACGGCAGGCGAAGAUUAGCCCUUCCCGGCCCAAAGCUCGCCAGAGCCAGCAUUGGACGACAAAGCUGUCGAUUCUCAGUUCUCGAGCUCAUCCAAAGCCCAGACAUGACCUAAUACCGAAUCAUUUUCGUGACUCAGAGGCUGACUCUGGUCUUCCAGACUCUAACCUAGCUGAGCCGGAACAGCCACCGUCCGAACCUGACGCAGUUCCUGCGUCGCCAAACCCAGUCUCACCGGAGGAGCUCUCAUCUCGCCAAAAGCCAGCGCGGCACGGUCACACAUGGGUUCUUCCUAGGAAUGCUGCCGUAACGUCCUUGACGAGAAACACCAUUCGCCCUGCUGCACCGACUUUGAUAGGCACCGGUAGAAGCCAGAAGAUGGCCCCGGCCACUUUUAACAAGUCAUUGUCUGUACUCAAUCGAAACUACCAAAACCAACGCACAUCCAAGCCCUACAGGCCCAGUUUGACACUAGAUCGAUUUGUGUCGGACAACGGAUCCGUGACUCUUGGAGGCAAUCCCUCGCCCACAAAUCAUGCUGCUGCUUUGGUCGAAGCAAGGAAUCAAAGACCAACGCAGAAAGCGCAUCCACCACGACAGCGGUCAAAAAAGAAAAAGCCCACCCGAAUCGACCUCGAUGCCGACGAAUUCCGCCACGACUCUGGUAUUGCCACAGUAUUUCCUGAUGAAUCGGAGCCCCCUAUCAUAACACACACUGGAAAUACCCGCCCUUUGUCUUUCGGUGUCGGCGGUCUCUUUAACUGGCAACGCUUCUACCCAGUCGACUUUGGAAUUCCUCCACUACGUGCCAACACCUUCUUCCACGAAUCUACAUUCAUAGGUAGCGGAGAAUUUUCUCGUUCAAUGCAAGUUGCCAAGCGAGAUUUGGAUGGAUAUGUCGGUCCUUUCUCCAUUCAAGCCAAAGAUGAGAAAUUCCAAUGGGAUCGCUGGAAUGACACAGUAUCAUCUGAGAUGGGCCAGGUUUUCGAUGCAAUCAUCGAUAAUGUCGAACGCAGUGCUGCUACCUCCCCAGACACGGGCAUCACGGCUGCCCUGGGUGUGGCCUCACGCAUGUACAGAUCGUUGAUCAGAUACGUCACGGAAAACCUGGUGUUCAUUGACCCAGUUGAUCGAACGGGUUUCGUCACUCGAGCAUUGGGACUGGUAUCCCAGGUUAGAGAUCCAUUGGCUGCUUUCGUGACUGGUGACGGAUACAACACCUCCGGGCUCGUCAAAAUUGCCUCCCUCAACAUGGUAUUCUCGAACCAGAUCUAUCAAGUAGCCUCUCAUCAACUCGUGAGCCCUGCUCUUGCGACAGAAGCAUUGGAUUUUGUCAAAGUUUGCGCCAAAGACGUUGCAGGAUUGGUUAUAUCCAAAGUCGGUUCCUCUGAAUUCAAAGAGCUCUUCAAGGAGAACACCGAGGCUGAGCGCCGCGAAUCAGGCAUUCGUGAUCAGUAUCCAUCAGUGGAGGCCUAUGUUGUUACCAAGCACCUUCUACGCAGCUCAGACCAUUACAAAGGUUGCUUUGAAGAUCUCCAGCUGGAAACAUUCAACAGCGAAUUCGUUCACAAUGAGCGAGAUGUGGGCAGCCUGGAGGCUGGAUGGCGUGGCGUAUUCACAGUCUUGCCACUGAACCAAAUAGACCCGCUUGGAAUUGCGCGUUCUGGCUAUCAUUUAAAGGCUGCCAAUGACAACUGGAAGCUAGCCAAGCGACUUCUCGCUCCGGCUCUGGAUCACUUCGAGGUUAACUCUGCAGCACAGCCUAUCUCAUACAAUAGCUACUGUCGGACUCUAUUCCUGAGAUGUCAUCGUCUCAUCAAUCUCUGGGGAUGGCGCGAAUGCAAACCCAUACUGGACACGCUAUUCGACUUCUUUGCCAAAAAUACCCUCCAUAACCUGAAACUUGAGGAAGCCCGCGGCUCUCCUUCAUUUCUUGACGAACUUGACAACAACCCUUCGCUGGAUGCCAGGAUCGGGGAACCCUGUUUUCACACAUUUCUGAAGAUUGUAGCAAGUGGCUUGCGCUUUUUGGCGAAGAGGUAUGACAAGAAGAAGAUUCGAAACUUCGCCUGGCGUCUGUUGCCCAAUCAUGGUCGUGUGUACCCGAAAGAGCAGCCAUUGCAACACGAAGACCUCGAUGCGCUCAGGAAUCACCAUGAUCUUCUGAGCACCCUUUACUGGGCAGUUCCUGACGGGUGUCGUCCUCGAUUGGAGACGAUACGCAACCUGGUUCAUCCUGCUACUUCACACCGUGAAGCAUGCAAUAUCAAUUUGCGUUCAUGGUCAAGGCUUGUUCGAUUCAAGCUCUCCACAGACGAAGACGUCUCGGGACUAGAUCCGUUUGGGGACUGGUAUGGCUAUUUCGUAACAGAACUGUAUCAACAGCAUUCCUAUGCUCGCAAAGAAAUCGAGUCUCAGAACACCGGUAUUAACCGAGUUUCUCAACACCUCGUUGAACGCACAAUCUCGCAGAACCAGAGGCAGAUUGAAACACUGCUGAGCUCCGCGCUGAGUGGGCUGCGGGUUGCCGUCCAGUUGGCUCCUACUCUGGACCAUGCGCAUAGGCUUGUUUCCAAGACUCCGUUUGAGUCUAUCAUUACACUCUUCAAUCCCAAGCUUCCCCGUGUGAACGUCGUCGUGUCCGAGGCACUGCAGGUCCUGGUGGCGUACACACUCAAAGAUGUUCCUGCUACUUCUGUAGCGGAAGCUCCAGCAGUGGUGGCUACUGAUGAGGACAGCCAGGAGUUUGGUGACUGGGAUGCAAUCCAGGCUGUUUGGGACGAGCAAACUUCCCCAAGCGAGGGUAUUGAAUACAUAGAGAGAGCUUUUCAUCCCACUGUCUCUCGCCUUGUUUCAAAUUGUUUUGGUGAAGACCACUGCCCUGAGGAUGCGAUUCUUCUCAGCGUGGUUGAAUGCUGGACUUCGAUUGCCCGGGUUCUCAUUCGCCAUCGGCUUCGAAACUGGGACAACUAUCUGAGUGAGUUCGGCGAUGACUCCUGGACAAGGCUGCGGCAGACUGUCCAGACAAGAAAGUUCGCACCACUGUUUCUUGCGGCGUGCAUUGAAAAAGACGCGCAAAUCGUUGCUGAUUGCCGAAUCCAAGUCAUGAGCAUGUGGAUGUUAUCGCUAGUUGAGCGUUCCUCCCUGCUAAAAUUCCAACAUCGUCUCACAGAGGCGCUCUUGAAUGGGAGCCCCACUGAUCCCUUGCUUAGCAACCUUCCAUUUUCCAAGGAUCAGAAGACUGGCCGAUAUACGAUCACACUACAGGACAUAAGCUCUCGGCGACUGGCCCUCCUCUCGAGCCUAGCAUCCAAUAUGCGUGAGCAGCUCCAGGCUAUGGAACGUUCUGGUAAUCGGCACUUCUCCGUGACGAAACAGGAGUACUCCGAGAUGCUUCAGCGACUGAUGACAUCCAUGAAAGACAACUACCGAGAGCUAGGGAAUGGGACAGCGCAGGCUGCUCAAGGAGCGUAUGUCGAGUUCGUGCAACGAGUCAUUGGUUUCCUCCAGCAACACACCAGUGAAAUCAAACCCAUCGAUCCCUUCUUCACGGACCCAGCUUCCUUCCCCUUACCAUCCACUGACCCCCUCUACAUUGUCGCGAAACUCAAACGCUACGAGUCGAAGCUAUCUUCCAGCAAAGAGAUCCAGACCCUGACCGGGUUCGUCCAGAGCAUUUCCGAGCGCGCUGCCAUUGACGGGCAGCAGGACUACCUGGUUGAUCAGUUACAUACCGCGAUGAAAGACACCCACGAAGCCGGCGACCCAGACAAACCCACUCUCCGCACGGUAUUAUUACAAUGUGUGUUCCCAGCGUAUCUCGAAGCGGCACUUCCCAACCGCGCCGCUUGGAUUCUCAGCCGCCCCGUCAUUCAGACGAUCACGCUGGGAUUCAAGAGCUUGCUCUGCAACCUUAAUACUCUAGACCCGGCCUGUGUGUCAUCCGUCGUCGACACAAUCGAGGUCGUAUGUCGAGCCACGUGUCAAGCAAUGGCCGUGAUCUCCCUUCAUCGACACCGUCUGCAAAGCCCACCAACCCUAAUCACACUCGCUGCCUUCCUGGACAUGAUCUCCUCCGUGCUACCCGUGGUAGACUACAUCGAUCGUGCCACAGGUACAGGGGAUAUCAUUCUUACGCACAUCACAUGGAUCCGCGAUUUCGCCAAAGUCGUCAACACAUGUCUACAAAACACAGACGCCGAUACGGAGUCGUCUUCCAGUAGUGCAUGUAUCGCUUUCCCUGACAUGCCACCGGCCUCUGAUACCCGGAAAAUCGACCUCUUUGGCUCAGCCCACAAGAUCGCUUCCAGUGAACUCCAGGUCUAUCUCAGGAAAUGGUCUCACCAUGAGGGUAAAUACUAUUUCACUCGACCGGGCCACGAGUCUCAGGAGAUUGCUAUUGAUCCGGAGAUUGCGGCGACGGUGGCUAGUCGGAGUGACGCGCAGAAGGCGUUUGAGGAUGCGGCGAGGGAUUUCGUCUAUCGGGCGACAGGUUUGGAGUUGGUGUGA